UGGUUACAAGGAGAGGAUAUGAAGCAAACAGAUAAUUAGAAAAAAAAACCAACACAUCAUUCUGGUCAUAGAGAUAAGGAAACAUAAAUGUAUAUAUCUAGCAGGCAAUAUAUACAAACUGUCUCCCCUUUUUCAAGUUCAUGCCAAGAGCAGGCGCAGGCACAUCAGCUGAGCGACUACAAAAGCCAUCACAUUUUUUGUGACUGCUGCCUGUGCAGGAGGUGGACUUCUUCACAAGAACUAAAAAUCCCUAGUGACUGUAAAGACGCUUCUUUGAUUCUCAGAAGGCUAAUAAUGUCCACGAAUCCUUGGCGCAGAUAUUUGUGGUUAUGGGUGAUAGUCGGGAUGAUUCUUGCGUCUUUUGUGAUCAUCCUCAUCUUCCUUCUCAUCAACAAGUGCAUCUCCAGAAAAGGCAAACACAGAAUCUCGCACCUUCAAAAAGGAUCCAACUACUCUGUGAAGAGCAACAAAUACCAGGAGAGAAUCUUUAACACCGCAACCCCACCUUUACCUCCUCGGACACAGUUUCUCACUGCAGAGGCCCAAAGCUACGAGAACCUGGCUGAGGUACCGGACCACGUGCAGACCACGCCCAACCACCGUCAGGACGUGGACGACCACAAGCAAGUCGUGGACGACCACGAGCAGGCCACGAACGACUACGAACAGCUGGCGAACGACUACGAGCAGCCGGUGAACGACUACGAGCAGCCGGCGAAUGACUACGUGCAGCCUGUGGACGACUACGAGCAGCCGGCGAACGACUACGUGCAGCCUGUGGACGACUACGAGCAGCCGGCGAACGACUACCUGGAGCCGGUGGACGACUACCUGGAGCCGGUGGACGACUACCUGGAGCCGGUGGACAACUAUGAGCAGCUGGCGAACGACUACGAGCAAAAUAUACCAGACUAUGUGAAAGUGGAGGAUGAGGAUAACAUUCUCCUUCCUCCCCCACCAUGCAACAAUCCAGAUGCAGACAACGCAUCCACUGAGGACUAUGACGACAUCGGAGGUGAAGAUGAAAUCCAGGAAGACGAGGAUUACGACGACGUGGAAUAAAACCACAAGAGAACAGAAGGAGGAGAUGAUUCUUUAUGACACUUUUGACUGUCUUCUGUAUCCUGCUGAGCAGAGAGACCAGGAAGACUUUAGGAGACUUUUGGAGAAAAGUUUGUAAAAAAUUUUUUCAUUUUAUUCAUAAAUAAGAAAAUAACAGCUGAUGUUAUGUGUAUGUUACCUGCACCAGCUUAGGGAGAAAACCACAAAACAACAGGACUGAUGAGGCAGAAAUCUGCUGAAAGUAUAAGUGGUUUCCAGCUACUGAAAGGUUUGAUUCUACUCAUAUAACCUUUAAACAACUUAUUUACUUACAGAUUACAUUUAGUCAAACUGGACAACAAACUAUUAGUUAUUUGACAAACGGUUUCACUAUUUGUUAACCAUUGACAACAUCUGUGACAAACUCAAAGGACAGCGAUGUUCCAUCAAAAUAAAGUUAUAUGUUUUUAUUCAACUUUUUAAAAUCUUUUCAAAACUUUGAAUUUGUAAAACCUGAUUUAAAGGAAUACUUGAUGUUUCAGAAAAUACGCUCAUUUGCUGACAAGACUGACUUUACUCUUUAAAACCGUGUGCCAGGAGGCAGGCACACAUUAGCUUAGCUUAGCAUAAACACUGAAAGCAGGGGAAUUGUUAGUCCGGCCUUAUCUCACACGUUAGGUCUUGUUUAUUUAAUCUGCACACAAAUUUAAAUGCAGAUUUUUUUUUAACUUUAAAAAUCAUAUUUUGGUAUAUAAUUUUAUAAAACUAUUUUAUAUAUAUUUUUCUUAUUGUCAUCAAUUCUCAUGAGUCACACGUAUUGUCUCUGUAUCUAAAGUCUGACAGCCUUUAUUCUUAUGUGUGGUGGAGCUCUGUUGUUAGCUAUUAAAAAGUGUGAAUCACAUUGUUGACACUUGGUGACAAGUUUCUUCUUCAUGAGUCACAUCAGCGCUGCAGUUUAUUUUUAAAUCCCUCACCACAGCAGCAAAUGAGUCGGUCCACAGCUGAAAACAAUCCCCCAAAAAACUGCACAGUUUACUCCUGUCUGCGAGAGAUUAUUUAGCCUUUUUUACAGAUGAAACUGUGAUGCAGUUUUAAAACUUGACAUGAGAAGCACAGACUGAGUGGGGAAGUCAGAUGUGCUGAGUGACAAACCGCUGCAUUCUUGGUUUCAGAUGUUUUAAUGACAUUUGUCGACAAUAAAAGAAAUAUAACAUUUAGCCUAGUCGUAUCAUACAUAUACUGUAUAUAUGUAUCUAUUAAGGUGUUCAAUGUGACCGUACAGAAGUGAAUACUACGUUUCUGAACAGAUGUUAUUUAAAUGAGCAUGAGCAUAUGCCCUGGUUUUGCAUGAUGGUGGAUGCCUCUUCUCCUGUCACCAACCUUCUGCAGUCUGCUUUCACUUUGUAUCUGAUCUCACUGGGCCUUACUUACAAUUCAUAUGCCAUCUCCUCCUGUGGAUUUGCUACCAGCGACUGAUUCUGCACCACUUUGCACAAAUGCAUCAGUUUUCUAUUGAGGGAAGCUUUUGUGACAGAUAUGCAGUCAGUUCCUUGGUGUAGCCCUGCUUUAAAAGGGAAGUUAUGGUUGUAAUUUAACAAGUCAUGGUGACUUAGCUUUGUGCCAUUCGCUGUUCUUUCAGAGAAGUUCACACCUGGAAAAAUGUCCUGUGGUGUGUCUUCUGAAUUUACAAUAAACAUAACAUGAAUUUUAAGAUUCCAAAUACUCGGAGGGACACUUUUCCACGGUUAAUUUUCUGAGUUCUCCUUUGGCUUGCUAUCGACUUUUCUCACUGCAGACGUUUCGUCCUGUCAUGGCGGAAGAAGCACAGGAAUGUUGUGGACAACAUUAUGCUGUGGUUUCAGGGCCCUUGUAUUGUGCAUGCUGGCUCAAUGUUACGACCUGCCAUGACUGAGUCAUUAAAAAGGAAAUCUGUUUCAGACACUUUCCUGCUUUAUCAUGACAAGAUGUGUGCUGGCCAAACGGUCUAUUUCAGCCUUUGCAAAGCAUCUUUGAAAGCCAGAAAGUCAUUUAAAAUAUCUAAGUGCUUAAAAAUAAUUUUGACAAUAUCAUCUUUGUUUUACAGUGAAUAAUAUACAGUAUGUUGUCCUCUUGGGUGUGAUUUGCCCCAUGUGAUUAUUUUUCUGGCUUGUUCUGUGGCUUAGCGGUUCCUGUGUCCCCGUAAGCCUUUCGUGUUAACAUAAUUGUGUAUUAAAGCGAUUAAAUUAUGCAAAAAGGUAUUUUUAUCUUAGGUUAACACAUGGAUCAUAAUGGAAUAAAACCAUCCCAUCAAAUACUAUAUGGACAAAACGAUUGGGACACCUGACCAUCACACCCACAGGGACUUUAAUGACGUCUCAUUGUAAACACACAGACAGCUCUGCAGCU